AUGGUCAAGGAGACAAAGUACUACGACACCCUCGGGGUCUCUCCCACAGCCACCGAUGCUGAACUCAAGAAGGCUUACAAGGUCAACGCCUUGAAGUACCACCCUGACAAGAACGCCAACAACCCCGACGCCGAGAGCAAGUUCAAGGAGGUCUCGCACGCCUACGAAAUCCUCUCCGACUCACAGAAGCGCUCCAUCUACGACCAAUAUGGUGAGGCCGGUCUCGAGGGCGGCGCCGGCGGCGGUGGUGGCAUGGCCGCCGAGGAUCUGUUUGCGCAAUUCUUCGGCGGUGGUGGCGGCGGUUUCGGCGGCAUGGGAGGUAUGUUUGGCGGCAUGGGCGGCGGCCAGCGCGGACCUCCCAAGGCCCGCACAAUCCACCACACGCACAAGGUUGCGCUCGAGGACAUUUACCGCGGCAAGAUCUCUAAGCUGGCUCUGCAGCGCUCCAUCAUCUGUCCCAAGUGCUCUGGUGUCGGUGGCAAGGAGGGUGCUGUAAAGAAGUGCACAGGCUGCGAUGGCCACGGCAUGAAGACCAUGAUGCGCCAGAUGGGCCCCAUGAUCCAGCGCUUCCAGACCGUCUGCCCCGACUGUAACGGAGAGGGAGAGAUCAUUAAGGACAAGGAUCGCUGCAAGCAGUGCGCGGGAAAGAAGACCGUCGUCGACCGCAAGGUCCUCCACGUCCACGUUGAUAAGGGUGUCCGCAGCGGGACUCGCGUCGAAUUUAAGGGUGAAGGCGACCAGUCUCCUGGAAUCCAGGCCGGCGACGUUGUUUUUGAGAUUGAGGAGAAGCCCCACGCACGUUUCACCCGUAAGGAGGAUGACUUGCUCUACAACUGCGAGAUUGAGCUCGUGACUGCCCUGGCUGGAGGCACCAUCUACAUCGAGCACCUCGACGACAGGUGGCUCAGCAUUGACAUUAUGCCUGGAGAAGCGAUUGCCAACGACGCCGUCAAGAUGAUCCGCGGACAAGGUAUGCCGUCGCCUAGGCAUCACGACUUUGGCAACAUGUACAUCCGCUUCAGCGUCAAGUUCCCCGAGAAGGGCUGGACCGACAACGAGGAGGCCUUCGAGCAGCUCCGCAAGAUCCUCCCCUCGCCCGCUCUGCAGAACGUACCGCCCGCCGAGGCCAUGACUGAGCCUGCCGAUCUCGAGGACAUGGACGGUUCCUCGCAGAGCCGUGUCUUCAACAACGGCGGCAUGGACGAGGACGACGAGGAUGGCCACCCCGGCGGCGAGCGUGUGCAGUGCGCCUCGCAAUAA